GUUGACCCAUUACACCACAUCGACUCUCGGACGUUGGCGAGGAUACAUUUUUUCCUCCGUCUAAACAGCUCGUCUCUCAAAGGCGUUUGAAAUUGGACACCGCUGGCGUUGAGGCCCUCACUUUAUGCGGAGGGAUACGUUGUUGCGUCUGACAAUGUGGACGGAGGUGGUGAAGAUGUCUACGAGAAGAAUGAAAUCAUCUCAAUUGUAACAACAAAAAAGGAAGACGCGAGAUUAGUUACUAUAAUAGAUUUGUUUGCACACAGACUUGUUACAUUGUAUCUAACACGUGGGCGCCGUAUGAGACGCAGGCUCACCGGGACAAAAGGAAGACAUCUACUGUGAUCCAAUGCGUUUCAUGCACUGAGGUCGAAAUUCUCUUGAAGUUUUAUGUUUUUCCCCUUGCGAGUCUCCGCUUUUCUUUUUACUGUUGGAUAUCAGACAUUUGGAGAGAAGAGGGUGUAUUAGAGACUGAAGGGUAUGAACGAGCAGCAGCAAAGAAUGGCUGCAGUGGGAACAGACAAGGAACUCAGCGACCUCCUGGAUUUCAGUGCGAUGUUCGCACCUCCUGUAGCCAAUGGCAAGAACAGACCGACGACGCUCGCUAGCAGUCAGUUUGGAGGAUCAGCACUAGAUGAGCGCAGUGGCUCUGGAUCCUGGGGCUCAGAACAGAGCAGUCCCUCUUUCAGCCAAGGACGGGGCUAUGGAGAGGGAUCCCACUACAAUGAGCAUGAAGGCCUGUCCUCUCCAUUCCUUAGUUCAGGGAUCGCAGGUAAAAAUGAGAGGUCACCGUACACUGCGUUUGGAGGCCAGCCGGGUUUCCUCCCGAGCGACAUUGCGAUGCCCAGCCCAGAUGCCAUGUCCCCCUCUGGUCUGAAGUCUGGCUCCCAGUUCUACCCCUCAUACCCCAACAACCCCCGGAGAAGGCCUCCCGAAGGAGCCAUAGACACCCAGCCAAAGAAGAUCCGGAAACCCCCUGGCCUGCCGUCCUCGGUGUAUGCGUCAACAUCUGGUGAUGAGUAUACCAGGGACAAUGGAGGAUAUCCUGGUGCUAAGCCUGGAGCCGUCUACCCUGGCUCUUUCUACAUGCAAGAGGACCCCUGGUCAUCUUCUGGCUACUCUGCCAUGCUGGGUAACUCGCCUCAUAUUGGGCAACCUGGCUCCUUCUCUGCCAUCAACCCACAAGACAGGAUGAAGCGUCACCCCCUGCCUAUGUCCCCACAGAACUAUCCUCUGCAUGGCAGUGAGGUCAACGGCUUCCACUCAGCCCCCACCACCUACAACCACACAUCCACCAUCAAUGGGGAUGGCAUCAUGGCGACCCGAGGCACCACGGCUGGCAGUUCAGGAGAUGAGAUUGGGAAGGCUCUUGCCUCAAUCUACCCCUCGGACCACAACAGUAACAACUUCUCCUCGGCUCCGUCCACUCCUGGGUCUCCCCAGGGUAUCGCAGGAGCUCAAUCUCAGUGGCAAAGACCCACCACACCCAACUACGAAGGGCAGCCGCAGACACUGCAAAAUAAAAUGGAGGACCGUUUGGAGGAGGCCAUCCAUGUCCUGCGUAGCCACGCUGUGGGCCAGGGCCCGGGGUUAGGGGGCCCGCACUCUGACAUGCACAGCCUGCUGUCCUCGGUGCACAAUGGAGGCCUGGGAGGCCUAAAUCCAGCUUUCUCCAACGCCAGCCUGGCCCUCAGCAACAGACACCCUGCUAUGCAGGGAGGGAGUCACCAUGAGGAGCCCGCAGGCCUUCCUCCCAGCAGCACCCUGCUGCAUGCUCACCACGCCUCCGGACCCACACAGUCAGCUGGCCAGCCAGAGGGGUUCACGAGUCUCCCUGGUGGUGUAGCCCGUUCCACACACUCCUCCAGCAGCUCAGACAUCAAAAGAGAGGACAAGGAGGACGAUGAGAACUCAUCCAUUGCGGACAAGUCUGAGGAGGAGAAGAAGGAGACCAAGCUAGCACGCACUCGAACAAGAAAGGAGGCGUUGACCCUCCAGAUCCUCUCUGGCCUUUCAGACCAGAAAGAUGAUGAAGACAAUGAAGAUGAUGAGGACAUUCCCCCUGAGGUGAAGAUGGAGCGCGAGAAGGAACGGCGAGUGGCCAACAAUGCCCGUGAGCGCCUGCGAGUACGGGACAUCAACGAGGCGUUCAAGGAGCUUGGGAGGAUGUGCCAGCUGCACCUCAGCAACGACAAACCUCAGACCAAACUUCUCAUCCUGCACCAAGCCGUCAAUGUCAUCCUCAACUUAGAACAACAAGUCAGAGAGCGUAACCUGAACCCCAAGGCAGCAUGUCUAAAACGUCGUGAGGAGGAGAAGGUGUCUGGGGUGGUGGGUGAAGCGCCCAUGCAGCUCUCAGGAGGCCACCCUAGUCUCGGGGGAGAUGGCCACAACCCAGUCAGCCACAUGUAACACCAGAUCUGGUGGGAUUUCCUUGGCUCUCAGAGGAUGUGGCCUUAACAGAUUCUUCCACCCAUUCUUCUCAGUGUGUGUGUGUAGAUAUGGACGUGUCUGUGUAUUGUCCGUUUCAGUUUCAAGAUGCACAUUCACACACACUCAUACACAUGCAUACUGCCAAAACUGACACAGCCUGUUUGUCGCACUCCCGACCAUGACUACCAGCUCAAAUGUGAAGAACUUUUAGUUUUGCUUUGUUUUUAUACAUGUAAGGAUUUUUUUUUUCUUUUUCGGCUUCCAUAAGACGAUGGAACACCGGAGUACUUUUGUCCUGCCACGAAUUGGGACUUUACACACUGCCGAGAGGUGCUCUGGUGAAAGAAAGGACACCUGACAAACAACAAAUUUAAUCAAGGAUUUGUGCCUAAUUGUUACAUGUUUUCUAUGAGACAUUUAAGCAAAUUGCUUUACAUGUGAGGAACAUUUAUUGUGAGGGAUUGCUUAUGUGUAUGAGCAAUUAUUUUUAAUGUAGUAUGUCAUUCCCAGCGUGAUGGUACAGUCUUACAUAUGUUAUGUAAACAAGCCCAUAGCUGAAGUUGAAAUUCAGUCACUUUUCCUUCAUCUUUUUAGCAAAGGUUUGAGAGAGCAAUGGAAAAGACACAAGGAAAAGGUCAAAAUUUUGACAAUUUGGAACAGCUUACGUGAAUGACAGGAACUCUGACCUAGAGACUGUCUGACUGAGGCCCCCGUCUCAUCCCACAAGGCAUCUGGAGAGUUGGAAGAGGAGUCUCCUUCCUUGAAAGUUGAGAUUUAUCCAAAGUCAUAGAAUUGGUCGACUUCAAAAACUGUUCUUCCUGUUUAUUGACCACACUUUCUAGUGUUACUCCAGUACUCCCUUGUCAUAGGUUCAGGCUUUUUGUACUGCUUUAUUUACUAAAGCAUAGGUAGAUGAAACAAAGCACAGUUGUAUAUAUAUUAGGCUGAAAGUUAUGAGUGUCAAUUUGCAGUGCAUUUCAGUUCCUGUAAGUCUUUGUAUAAAAGCCAUUUGAGUCACACUUGCUAAGUGAGCAGCACUGUUGCUGUUACUUACUUGAAAUGGUUUACUGACAAUGCCAGCAGACAAACAGCUCACGUUUUUGCCCCUAAAUUGAUCUUCUAAACAGACUUAAAAAAAAAAAAAAAAACAACAAAAAAAACUGAUUCUGUUGGAGGGAAUCUUAAAAGUCCGUGGUUGUAGUAGCAGACAAGCCUUUGCGUACCAGAGGCUUUUCUUUUCCUGAAAGAGCAUUCCCACUGAACUACUCAGCCCCUCACCUUCCUCCUGAGUAAGUACUCAUGUUUUCUUACAGACAAGAGUGUGAUGUGUAAAUUCACUUCAUCCAUACAUUACUCUGAUAUUUUUCAUUUUGCAAAAUUAAAUAUAUAUAAGAAUAUAUAUUUUUUGUUAGUCUAUACAUUGUAGAUUUCUAAAUAACAAAUGGCAAUAUUAGUUUGAAGUUUAGAGUGUAUUGUAGAUGAGCUGAAUGAGGGGAUAUUUGACAUUUAAAUAACAUUGUUUAAAAGAAAAAAAAAUUAAUUCAAAAUUGAACUGUACCUUUUCUCAGCCGCGAGGGCAGAGGCAAAGGAUCAACUUGGGAUAAAUGAAAAAUGUCAGAAGCCUUUGGUGUAUCCUUUAUUCCAGGAGUUAGUCAUCUAAAAGGUGACACGAUGGCCUAAAAAAACAAACAAACAAACAACAGUUUUAGUUUGUGGGAUUCGAAGGAAGGUGUAUUGUCAGUGACCCAGAUGAAUUGUCCCUCUCCGUUUGGGGAUAUGUGGAUGGAGUGUGUGCCACAGUCCUGUUGAAGUGUUCUUUCUCUAGUGGUGAGGCACCAUGAGGCAAAACGUGGGAAGGGAUUUUUGUCUCUCCUAACAGUAAUUAUGCAACUGGUUUUUUGAAUGUAGCUAUCGUACAAAUGUGGAUCGCCUUCAUUUUCAAAGUUGCGUUCCUGGGUGUCUUUUUUUUUUUUUUUUUUUCAGUCCAGUAUCAUUUUCAUUUCAGCAUUGUUUUUGAAAUGUCUGCGCUCUUCCAAGCGACUCUCAGUGUGCAGCACACUAUAUUUAGUAUCCUGCACAUUUUAUUUUAGAGGCAGACAUCAAUAUUUGAGUGUAUGAUAAAAGAUACUAUGGAGAUCAAAACAGUGUUAUUGUGAUGUUAUUCCCAUAUCAUCUCAUGUUGUGAAUGGUCUUUACCAACAUGUAAUCACAGAUGGGAGGUCGAGCAUUUGUUUGUCCUGUGAUCUUGGUAUUGAAAGAUCUGAGUUUAAUUUCUAGAAAAAAAAGAGAUGAAGAAAAAGACCUAUACAAAUCAAUAGUGUGGCCUUUUCAUUCUCGAGACUUAAGAUGUCAUAAUGGGAGAGUGAUGCCUUAUCAGUGCCUGAACUUGUAUGUUCAUUUGAGACAGUUUUAUUUUGUAAACCAUAUCAUUUCAUUUAUCACGGAGAUUAAAGAGGUACCUGUUCAUUCCCCCCACCCUCCUCUCCUAUGCUUUUUCAAUUUUCAGGAAGAAGUUUAAAAAUGGUAUAAAGAGAAUUUUUUUUUUCAAUGUAUCUAGUUAAAUAAAUAAAUGAUAUGUAGAUCUUGUUUAGUUUUUAUUCGUUCCUUCUAAUUAUUCAACUGGAUUAUGACUAUAUUGUCCAAACUGCUGUUUUAGUUCAGGUCAGAGGUUAAUCUUUCUGUUCACCCCACAUUGCUUUAUCACUCAACACUACGUGGGUUCGAGAGACGCCGGCUCUGGCUCUCGCUCUGCUUUUUUUUUUUUUUUUCUUUUUUUUUUUUCUUUUUUGAUGCACAUUAACAUGUUAGUGUACGUGUGGCUUCGGCUUUGAUGUAGGAAGCUGUUUUUAUUUUCCUCAGUAACUGGAUCUUCUUUUAAUAACUCGCAGCAGUUCAACAGAGAGAAAGCGCUCUGCUGCAGUGACUAUCUCCUUUACGCCUCGGCCCUUUUCACUCUUCUCAAUGCCAGCAUUUUGGUGGCGUCGACAGUGACUUUUUGUCAGAGGUUCUGUACACUUCUUUCAAAGAGUUGUUUUUGAAGUUUUAUAUUACAAGAUUGAUAUGUGUUCUGAAUAUAGCAGAUUUUGUUCCUGGGGAAAAUCGACAUCUGGUUUUGAUGUUGUUUAGUAUUCUGUAAACAUCCCACAGUGACAACAACUUGUAGCCUAUAUGCUGUAUGCUCAGUUAUUUCUUAUGGAGAAACCUGGAGGCUCUGUCCUGAGUCUGAAAACUGAAGGGAAACGACCUUCUGCAGAACCACAGGAGCAUACAGCUAAAUACAUUAACAUGAUGGAAAGUGUUCAGUUGAUGGGCUUGAACUUAAUUUGUUUUGGUAUAAGAAAGCAGUAAUAAAAACUUGCUUUCACCCAUUUUGUCACAUCUUUGUUGAACUCAAAAAAGGGAGGGGGGUGAUUGAGCGGUGAAGACAGUACAUCGACAGCCACAGAGCUUGACAUAUUGGAGAGGGGACGCUGUCCUCUGAGUGCCUCCAAUCCCAGUCUCCUUUUGUUAUUUUGUUUAUAUAUAUAUAUAUAAUAUAUAUAUAAAGUAGUUGAGAACUGUCCUGUAUAUAACAGUAAUGUAGCAAUAAAUGUGCCAUUUUUAAUAACAGAAUUAUACCUUUUCCAAUGUCUGGCUUUUGAAUCUUGUAUACAUAAAAAGGAAAAUAAAAAACAUUGUAACAAAGGG